GAUUUUUUUGUGGUGAAGACGUUGUGUUCAGUUUUUUUUGUUACCUUAAAAGGUCUUCUGUGAGGUAUUAUGCGUCUACCAAUACAUAUAAUCUUCUCCAACCCACAAUAAUUAAAUAAAAAACGACGCAAUUAUUUAAAAGUAGCUGAGAACAAAGACUAGAUUAGAAAGUUGAUAAGCCACAGGAAAAAUGGAGAAAGCAACCGAGAAAAACAGGCAAGCAGACGACAAUAAACGUCGGCCUCGAACUCGUUCUCGGUUUAUGAGUUCUCCAACACUGAAGAUCGACUUUGCAGACGAUAUGAUUGUACCCUCAACUGGGGACGAUGGGAGCGGAGAAGAUGAGGAGGAACCCCAGAUUCGGAUUAGUGUUCCUAACACAUUCCUUCACCCCAGCCGGUGUCGGUUAAACGGCCGCCGUUACCACUGGACGUACCGUCAUUCACGGUCGAUUUCUUACCCAGGUUUAUGGGACGGGAACAAGAAAAAGAAUGAGAAUAUCUAUCGUGGGUUGUUGAGGAGCCUGCUCCACCCCUUGGGAGCCCCAGAUAAAACAGUGGGAUUGCGCCCAGGAGAUCUUGUUGACCAUCUGAGAGAGGUGUUUGAAGUUGACCGAGAUGAACAUGAAUUCUUUAUCAAAGAUGAGCUCUCCAACAAGCCGAAGUGUCUACAAGCUAACAUCACUGUUUUGGAAGGAGAUGGGUUGAAGCAACUGGAUGGCUCUAAAGAGCUUGGUGACCCCUACUGUAUGGUCAGUAUAAUCCACCCAAUGCAGCGUAACCUCAAGGUUUCCCCCAUGUCCUCCCCGCGGAACUCGCCUAAAUUGUCACCUAAGGCGAGGAAAACAUCCAGCACUCUGUCCACUGAGCAGCAGGACGAUGUGCUCCGUACAGUUGCAGUCAAGCAGUCGACCUCUCCUCACUGGAAUGAAGAGUUCCAGUUGUCAAUAGAUGAGCUGCUUAUGGACGAGAUCCACGUGUAUAUCUGUGACCAGGAGGAGGAGUCACAUAGUAACGGAGAGGGGAAACACUCAGCCGACAGUAAACACACAACUGUCGACAAACACCACGGCAUCAAACAUAAUGUGACCAACCUGUUCCGGCUAAUUAGGCAAAUGGCUGAUCACGAUAAACACCAUGACGGGUGCUGGGGACGCGUUGUCAUACCAGUGAGAGACGUUCCGGCUCACGGCUGUGCCUGGUGGUGGGAUAUACACCCUCUGUCUGGGGGCAGCAAGUCCAAGUCUGUCGGCCGCAUCAGACUCAAGCUUGACAUCUCUCACAGAAUGGAGAGUGAUUGUGAGGCGGAGGAGUGUUUCUCUGUGGAGGACUACUACCAGGCAACACAGCAGAUCUAUGAGCACGCGGCCAAGACUGCCAAGGAGUCGGAAAUUACAAUGGAAGCCCACUUACCAGCAAAGGAGAGGCGAAUCCUAGACAGCUUCGCAAUAUCUCAUAAAAUUGGCAGACUGUCCCAGGCUGUUGUUCAUGUGAUUGUCCUGCUGGAGUGGACGACCACCAAUGAGAAUAUUGUCCACACUGAACUCGCCCUGACUACGGCCAUCCAGGACCUCCAGAUGACCUGGGUCACUCAGCAGAUAGACGUGUCCACAGUCACUCAGAAGAUGCCACUAACAGAUGCUGAGAUAUCCAUGUACAGAAAGGCCGCAACCAAGUACAUUUUGUGGGUGUCGGAUCAUCUAGAGAAAUUACCUGUCCUGUUUCCACCCACAAUAGACAACAUCAACAUUCUCAAAGCAAAGCUCGGGAUCACCAUACAGCUGGUGGAAAUUGACCUUUGGGAGACAAAGUCAGCACCACUGAAUAACCUCACAACUAAAGUCCUCAAUAAGCUUCAGGAGGAUGUUGAUGAAUGGAUGGACAUCGAAGUGGCCGCUAUCAAGAACCACGACCUUGUCAAGGACGCGGUAAUCCCUGAACUGAAUGCCCUUGGGGAGCUGGUAAACAGUGCAUCAUCUCACCUCAACUCCAUGGGGGUUGUAAAGACGUUCUUCACAGCACUGGGCAUCAUCUACUAUAGGGUAGUGUCCUUUGCAGUGGAAAAAAAGGUGAGCCCGGUGAUGAAGGAGUUGAUGAUGGAGAUGGACAGAUACCAGCGACGUUAUCACAACUUCCCAGUUAAUGUGACGGCCAGUAGUCGCCUCUCUCUCAGGGUCUACUUCGCUGUCAGGAAGUUCUACAAUAUCAUCCGUGACAACAUCAGUCGGCGGGAUGUGUUCCGCUUAUCUAUCUCCCACUAUCAACAAUGGUACCAGGAAGCCCUCGUGUUCUGGGUACAGUCUUUUAGGACAGAGUGUACCAACCGGAUAGAACGGGCCUUGGAGAUUGACAAAGAUGUAGUUGUUGCAACAUCUCUGGUGAAAUUUUCGAAUUCUUCAGUCGAUGUUCUCUCAUGCUUUGCCAAGAUAACAGAAGAAUGGCGUCAGAUUGACUUCCACGACCCUGACUCCGCUUUGAUGGGUGUGACAAAGAUAACGGAUUUGAUUUGUGAUGGUGCUCGGAUGUAUGGAGAAAAAAUACAUUCCAUAUUGGAGAGAAACUGUUACUAUGACGACUCGGUGGUUCAAUUUGAUGUGACAGACAGGCUGUGUAUAACGCUGAACAACAUAGAACAUGUUCGUCAGUACCUCACCGAGCUGCCACACCUGUUGGACUGGGACUCCAUCGUCAUGCUUAUCUCCACGCGAUACGAAAACGAUGACGUCGGCAAUCAAGCCCUGUCAACAUUGAAGCGACUUAUGGACACGGCCAACAAGGAGAUCAUCUUAAAGAGCUCGCUACUUUUACAGCAGAUAACAGAGAAAAUGAAAGUGGACAUUGCUCGAUAUAUGGAAAUUUUCACCAUACAACAUCCGGAGAAGGCGUCUUCGGUGGACCAGCUGAUUGGCUACUUGUCGACUAAUCUGAGUACAUUACACGACCGCCUUAUGUCGUCCAUUUUCCCACGAAUGAUCCUCCAGCUUUGGGAAACAGUUGUCACUCUGCUGGACCAACAACUCCAAGUUGGGAAAAGACCAGAGUAUUAUCAGCAGAUGAAACAGCAUGUGCGAGCACUUACCUCCUACUUUGUUCGUGGAGGUUGUGAAGACGACAAGAUUGAUUCGUUUCAUUUUGAAGCACUGAAGCAAAGAAUUGACACCAACUGUAUGUCUACAGAGGAACUGAUGUUGGCCUACCUUAAAUCACUUGCAGACAACAUUGAAACACCCCUGGAGUACUUUGGCCACCUUGCUCUGAAGACAGCCUACCUGGAGGAGACGAGAGGCAACAUCACUCUGUUUGUUAAAGUGAUAAGGGCGACUGACCUGCCUGGUCUGGACCCAUCUGGCCUGAGUGAUCCAUAUGUGGUGACCAGUGUCCUUCCUCAGACCAUGUUUGGUCACCACAAGCCACAGAAGACACGAGUCGUGGAAAAAUCACUCAACCCCGUCUUCAAUGCCACAUUCCAGUUCCCCAACAUCCCCCAGGAGUUCCUGACCACCAAGGGAGCUGUUGUACUGCUGAGUGUACUGGAUCAUGAUCACAUCGGCCAGGAUGAUUUUGCCGGCGAGGUCGUACUGCAUCUCUCUGGCAUAGAGCGCAUCAACAUGUCGGAGACUGUCGACGCCAAGCCUGUUGUUAUGAUGGCCGUCAAACGAUCAGUCACACCAACUCAAGGACCAUAUAAGGUGUUGAUGGAGAGGAUGUCGUGGGACAGGUCAGCCAAGAACUACGUGAUGGAGAGGCGGAGAUACCUGGAUGUGAAGAGUGCAAGGACAGACCAGCCCUCCAAAAUGUCCAACUUCUUCUCCUUCCUCAAAGGUCCAAAAACAUGAAUUCCAUUACAUGAUAGGCAGACGUCCAUUCCUGCAGAAGACGAUAUCAAUGCAUGACUGUGAAGGUCACACAAUAGUCUCCCCCAAGCAUUCCAGGAUUAAAUGUGCCUAUCCGUUGACACCAGGAUGCAGUCCUUAGAACACUAUUUCUUGGUUACUGACAUCAAUGUAUGCCAGCCCUUGAUUACUUUUCUCAUGUUUAAAGAUCCGCGUACCACUACCAAAACUGUAACUAAGUGUUGGAAACUGUUUUUUCCGUCAUGACUGUAGCUUUGAUAAAUUAUUUCUGAAAAGAAAACCAUACCUUCCGGGACUUUAAUAAGAAAUAAUGAAGCUGAAAUAAACAAAAAAAUAUAACUAACAACAGUGGUCUGGUAGGAAAAAGCAUGGAGCUAGACCGAAAUUGAAACCCUGAAUUUCAAGCUGGUAAACUAUUGCUCUGACCUAUUGAGCUAUACAUGGUCGAGGAAAGUUUUCCUGGCCCAAUUGUUCUACAGUUACAAAUAUAUAUCCAAAUGGAAGUUAAGGGGAGGUUACUGCAUGUAGAAAAACCCACAGUGUAGUGGGACAGGUUUCCUUAAGUGAACAGAGGUUGCAUAUACUUCUUGCUGUAAGAAUUCAAAGCAUUGUAUUACUUUGUAAGCUCUUCGUUCAGCACUUAUGUGUGUCAGUUCCAAAUGAGGUCACAACAGCCUUAAAUGUUAUAGUGCAAUCAAUGAAGAGAGACUUGGAUGCUUUCCAAUAUCUGGUUCAACUGUUCAGUGGGCUGAAUCUGAAAGAAAAUGGGAGGCAAAGAUUUGAACUGAGGCUGAUCGAUCCCUAGAAAUUUCAGCAUGUGCAUAUUGAGGGGUCCAGAUGGCCCUGGUUGAAACUAAAAUGCUGUGUAUCACUAGUUUGCAUUAUUUUACAUAAAACAAGGUUGAUUCACAAAAGUGUUUUAGGACAUGUUGUAAAAUUUAGUACAUGUGUAAAAGAAACACAUACUAUUCUUGAUUUAUUGUUAUUUAUUAGUCAUGUAACUCCGAAACUGUACAAUUUAAGCAGUUGUUUAUCACUGAAUAGUUCUGCACAACCUGAACCGUUUCAAUGGGAUACGCCAAGGCAAACUAUAACAAUUACCAUCAGAAUUGUACAUGUAUGUAUCAAAUGGGAAUCGCUGACUGUAGUAGAGUCCAAGCCCUUUGCUGUUGUUCAGUCAAACAAUGUAUUUUUUUGCAUAAUAUAUUUCAUAAGUUUAAUUUUCCUUAUAUGCCAAAUAUAAUCCAUGCUUCUGACAAAGGGUUUAUUAGCUAUUGGACUAUUUUGAUAUCUAGUGUUUUGUUCCAAAUUAAACCCUGUAAAUUGUUCCAGGAACAAAGCGAUGGAUUCACUAAGCUGUAUAGCAAUGUUACUAAGCUAUCAAUUAAGUAAUUGCUAUAAGGUAUUGUUAGCUUGACAUACUAAGCUGUACAGCAUUGUUAGAUGGAUAUACUAAGUUGUACAGCACUGUUAGCUUGGUAUAUUUAGCUAUACAAUAUUGUUAGCUUGAUACUCUAAGCUGUACAGCAUUGUUAUCUUGGUAAAGUAAGCUGUACAGCACUGUUAGUUUGAUAUAUUAAGCUGUACAAUAUUGUUAGCUUGAUACUCUAAGCUGUACAGCAUUGUUAGCUUGAUACUCUUAGCUGUACAGCAUUGUUAGCUUGAUAAACUAAGCUGUGCAGCAUUGUUAGCUUGAUGAACUAAGCUGUACAGCAUUGUUAGCUUGAUACUCUAAGCUGUACAGUAUUGUUACUAAGCUAUUAGUUAUAUAAUUGCUAUACAGCAUUGUAAGCUUGGUAAAGUAAGAUUUACAGUAUUGUUAGCUUGAUAAUCUAAGCUGUACAGUAUUGUUAGCUUGAUAUACUGAGCUGUAGAGUAUUGUAAGCUUGAUACUCUAAGAUGUACAGUAUUGUUAGCUUGAUACUCUAAGCUGUACAGUAUUGUUACUUAGCUAUUAGUUAUUUAAUUGCUAUACAGCAUUGUUACCUUGGUAAAGUACGAUUUACAGUAAUGUUGAUAUACUAAUUGAUCACAUUUUAACCUUGCUAGAAGAUGUUUUAACCACCAAUACUUACAUUUCCAAUGUACAACAGAUGUAGAAACAUGUAACAGCGCCCAUUGUGAUGUCACCAGGAACUAUUUGAUGAUGUUAUGUAUUCAGAUACAAAAAAUGGUGAUGUUGACAAUAUGUAUUUGUUAAGAACGUGUUGUGAUGGAUGCAUGUAAAGAAAAGAAUCUCAGAGUUGUUCCUUUUUUCCUUGAUAUUUAUGAAACAUGCUGGAGCUGUUUUCUUUCAAACCAUUUGUAAAGGAAACCUGUUUCCCAGUCCCUAU